AUGGAAGAUGCUUUAAAUGCUGUGAUCAUGGUGCAUUCAAGAAAAUUGCCAGGAGGAAUGGAUUUUGUCUUCCUCAGCUGGCAGAACAAUUUUCCACCUGUCGCCCAAAUAUUUGAUGAGAAGGAUUAUGAUGCAGCUGCUGAAAGAAAUGAUAACAGUGAAGCUCUUCCCGAGUCUAUCCCAUCUGCUCCUGGAACACUGCCUCAUUUUAUGGAGGAACCAGAUGAUGCCUACAUUAUAAAAAGCAACCCCAUUGUGUUACGUUGCAAAGCCAUGCCAGCUAUGCAGAUUUUCUUCAAGUGCAAUGGUGAAUGGGUCCACCAGAACGAGCACGUGUCCGAGGAAAGCAUGGAUGAGGCCACAGGCUUGAAAGUCCGAGAGGUUUUCAUCAACGUGACGAGGCAGCAGGUGGAGGAUUUCCACGGGCCGGAGGACUAUUGGUGUCAGUGCGUUGCGUGGAGCCACCUGGGGACCUCCAAGAGCAGGAAGGCAGCUGUGCGCAUAGCCUAUCUACGGAAAAACUUUGAGCAAGACCCGCAGGGGAAGGAGGUUCCCAUCGAAGGGAUGAUCGUCCUGCACUGCCGCCCGCCGGAGGGGGUUCCUGCCGCCGAGGUGGAAUGGCUCAAGAAUGAGGAGCCCAUUGACUCCAACCUGGACGAGAACAUAGACACCAGAGCAGACCACAACCUCAUCAUCCGCCAGGCGCGGCUCUCCGACUCCGGCAACUACACCUGCAUGGCCGCCAACAUCGUCGCCCGCAGACGGAGCCUCUCGGCCACGGUCGUGGUGUAUGUCAACGGAGGCUGGUCCUCGUGGACCGAGUGGUCGAGCUGCAACGCGCGCUGCGGGCGAGGCUGGCAGAAGCGCUCACGGACCUGCACCAACCCCGCGCCGCUCAACGGGGGAGCCUUCUGCGAGGGGAUGUCCGUGCAGAAGAUCACCUGCACCUCGCUGUGCCCUGUGGAUGGAAACUGGGAGGUGUGGAGUGAAUGGUCCGUCUGCAGCCCCGAGUGUGAGCACCUGAGAGUCCGGGAAUGCGUCGCUCCCCCUCCAAGAAACGGAGGAAAGUACUGCGAGGGCUCGAGCCAGGAGUCGGAGAACUGCACCGAGGGCCUUUGCAUUCAAGAUAAAAAACCUCUCCAUGAAAUAAAAUCCCAGAACAUGGAGAAUGCCAGCGACAUCGCCCUGUACUCGGGCCUGGGAGCGGCCGUCAUCGCGGUGGCCGUGCUGGUGGUGGCCGUUACGCUGUACAGACGCAGUCAGAGUGAGUACGGCGUGGAUGUCAUUGAUUCGUCUGCACUCACAGGAGGCUUCCAGACAUUUAAUUUUAAAACAGUCAGACAAGGUAACUCCCUGCUUUUGAACUCCUCCAUGCAGCCGGACUUGACGGUGAGCAGGACGUACAGCGGCCCCAUCUGCCUGCAGGACCCCCUGGACAAGGAGCUCAUGACGGAGUCCUCCCUGUUCAACCCGCUCUCCGACAUCAAAGUCAAAGUUCAGAGCUCCUUCAUGGUUUCCCUAGGGGUGACAGAAAGGGCUGAAUAUCACAGCAAAGCUCAUUCUGGGACAUUUCCUCAUGGGAAUAACAGGGGCUUUGGCACAAUACAUGGCAGGAACAAGGCUACGUACAUCCAGAACCUAUGUCCCAUUACAACAAAAAGUGACCUGAAGACAACUGCGGUUUUUGGACACCUAGGUGGCCGUUUAGUGAUUCCAAACACAGGAGUCAGUUUGUUGAUACCCCAUGGAGCUAUUCCUGAGGAGAGUUCAUGGGAAAUCUAUCUUGCCAUCGCUCAAAGGGAGUCCAGCCUACAGCCAGAUGGCCCAGAUGUUCUUCUAGGCCCAGAAGUAAGUUGUGGUCCCUCGGAUGUGUCUGUGAGCACCCCGUUUGCCUUGACCAUACCGCACUGCGCAGAGCUGAAUUCAGAGCACUGGAAUAUUCACCUGAAAAGAAGGACCCAACAAGGAAAAUGGGAGGAAGUGAUGUCUGUGGAAGAGGAAACUACUUCCUGCUACUGCCUCUUGGAUCCUUAUGCCUGUCACAUUCUCUUAAACAGCUUUGGGACUUAUGCUCUUAUUGGAGAGCCCAUCUCCGACUGUGCCGUCCGACAGCUGAAAGUAGCCGUUUUUGGAUGCAUGUCUUGCAAUUCUCUGGAUUACAAUCUGAGAGUAUAUUGUAUGGAUAACACGCCUUGUGCUUUUCAGGAAGUGGUUUCGGAUGAAAAGCUUCAAGGAGGACAGUUACUGGAGGAACCAAAACUUCUGCAUUUCAGAGGGAAUACCUUCAGUCUGCAGAUAUCUGUCCUGGAUAUCCCUCCUUUCCUCUGGAGAAUUAAACCAUUUACUGCAUGUCAGGAGGUGCCCUUCUCCCGCGUGUGGGGCAGCAACCAGGCGCCCCUGCACUGUGCCUUCUCCCUGGAGCGCUACACGCCGGCCACCACGCAGCUCUCCUGCAAGAUCUGCGUGCGGCAGCUCAAGGGGCACGAGCAGGUUCUGCAGAUCCACACGUCCAUUCUGGAGAAUGAGAGGGAAACCGUCACCUUCUUUGCACAUGAUGACAGCAAUUUCCCCGCACAGAUGGGCCCCAAAGCCUUCAAAAUCCCCUACUCCAUCAGACAGAGAAUCUGCGCGACGUUCGACACGCCCAGCGCCAAGGGCAAAGACUGGCAGAUGUUAGCACAGAAAAACAGCAUCAACAGGAAUCUCUCGUAUUUUGCUACACAGAGCAGUCCAUCUGCUGUCAUUUUGGACCUCUGGGAAGCCCGACAUCAGCACGAUGGUGACCUUGACUCCCUAGCAUGUGCUCUGGAAGAAAUAGGAAGGACACACUCCAAAAUCUCAAACAUAGCAGAAACUGAGGUCGAGGAGCCUGACUUCAGCUACAGCAGACAAAACGGACUCUAGCCGUCUCUUCUCCAUUCCAGAAUCAAUGGCCAGCUUUGACUUUUACUCUAGAAAAUCUCUUUGGCA